AUGUCUCCCAGCGAAGCCCCUACGAUAACCACCAGCCCUCAUGCCAUCGCUGUAUCCACCGCGGCGCUCCCACCUGCAGAGGCAAAUACCACGCAUGUGUCAUACACAGUGCAGGUAUUUUGUCUUUUCUCUCUCUCUCGAUCGGUCACGAUUCUCCGUCCUCCGGAUAGCGUCUCACCCGCUCUCGACCUCAUGCUCCAUGGAUAUAUUGCAAAGACCCCGACACGCCCGACGACCGCUGUGUCUAUCAAGACCAUUGAACUCCUGUACCGCAUCCGCCGGCGGAAGGCUUCGUUCAGCAUCGAGGCCUUUGCAAAGCUCGUAUGUGACUAUUACCGUAUUCCAUACCGCGCGUAUCUGCGAAAUCUCUUUGCUGAUACGUUCGAAGUGUAUGUGCGAGUCAUUCGGGAUGUCGAGCGUCGCAUCCAUGCACUUCUGGGAUGGGACACGCCUGACUGGCGGCCUUUAAAUGCGUGCCGUGCAUGCUGCUAUAAGGUGAAGGGAGAGCCACCAUUGCGGUUCAGCAGAAUUAUCUGCCUCGACGGCAACAACAGUCUGAAACGAGUUGCAACUACAACAGGACGGACUGCCGGCGAUACACGAUCCCUUGACGACGCUUCGUACUACCUGCCAAGAAAUUUUGUCGAUCAGUUCAGCCGAGAAGUACGGGGACACCAGACAAAGAAUCCACCGACUGCGCUUGCUCGGAAGCUUCUCGAGCAAUGUGUGAAGAAUUGGAAAGCCGCUGCGGGCGAAGAGAAGAAGCAGAUGUGGCGGAUGUUCGACGAGUCUGGAUUAUUCGCAUCAGCAUGCCGGCAUGGGUUCAUCCUCUGGAUUGUGGACAUGGUUCGAAGCGGAGAGCUUGCCAAGUAUCCCCUUGCCAUCAUGCGAAAGAUUCUUGAUGUGCUUGAUCCGGACUUCAUGGUUGCGUACGACAUCGGCUGCUCAUUCGAGACAACCACAAAGAAUAGUUCCCUUGGCAACGACUAUCAUGCAAAGCGCGGUAGCAUGUGUGUGCCAGCAUUCCACGGAUAUACCCACUCGCACAUCUGUCAACUCCAAUUCCAUCCGAACGUCAUCGAAGGCAUGGGCAUCGAAGACGCCGAGACGCUCGAGCGUGUUUUCGGAAGCUCAAACAUGCUUGCACCCGUCAUCCGCUACGCCUCCCCCUACCGCCGUACGCUCUUCAUCGAGGAAUAUUUCAAGCAAUGGGAUGAAGAGAAGUACCUCAACUCUGGAGCCUUCAUGCUUAACAACUAUACGCAGUCUCUUGAAAUUAUUGAGCAGGAGUCCGUGGCGCUGUCGCAAGCUGCUGCUGAACAUGGCGUAACUGAACAGUCAAUGCAACGCUGGACUCGGGAAGAGCGCGAGUUCUUUGCAACACUCGGCGAAGAAUCCGAGUACGAUGUAUGUGCCAUCGCUUAUGUUGAGCUCCUCCAGGAGCUGCGAGCUCUCGAGCCGAAGCUAUCUGCUGCGACGAGCCAGUUCAUUGCUUUUCAACCCUCGUCGAGUAGUUACUCGAAAGAAAUCAAGAUGACCACAAAGCUUGAAGUUGCACGCCGGCACGCCAUCGACCAACACAGCCGAAUCACGCUCGAGCUCGUGCAGCUUGAGGUCGCAAUGGGCCUCACGAAGCGAUGGACACCUCUCGAUGAGUCAUACAAGGAGACGCUGAAGUACAUGCGGGAGCGACACUAUCUCCGUGCCCUUGAGAAGCUGCAAAAGCUUGUCGUCCAGAGGCUGUUUGAGCUGGACAAGUUGAACAUUGCGGAAACGGGUAAGUGCUACAAAAUGCGGACACACCUUUCGAAAUCCCUUCAGGUCCGCUGCAAAACGAUCCGAAAAGCACUUGAGAAGUAUAACUCCGCCGCCGCCGCCAUGAAUCCACCUCGGCCGCCUCUCGAAUGGGAUCAGGUAUCUCAUUACUCAUUCCUUGAGGAGUUUACACUCCUCCAGGAUACACGAAACGACGUGCGUAACCGCGAGUGGGCCAAGCCAGUCAUCCGCGAAAGUAUCAAAGCGUACCGCCGGCUCAACCGCGCGAAGGUCGAGAUCAGCCGCUUGAACUGCGAGGUCGCGCGUGUACACACCGGAAUUCGGGACGAGACAGUUCUCUUCCAUGAUGCGCUUGCAAGUCUCACAGCCGACGACCCCCUCCACGGAGCCCUUCUUGAUUUCAUCGCGCAUCGUACCAGGGUCAAUGACCAUUUGCUGCGGCGUAUCGAGCAGAUUUACGUGCUUCCCGGCUUCACUGGACAACGCGGUCCAGGGGAGGCGGUGCACGACAUGAACCUGGACGCGCGGUUUGCAAGAUCUGUCCGCCUGACAUCACCAGCAGCUCCCAGUGUAGCGCAAGCAGCUGUCGGUCGCUCCGACGCCGGUGACACUGGCGAUGGUGAUGACUCCGGCUCCGAAGAUGGACUGGUGGAUGAUGAUACCGAGAAUCAGAUGGGCGCACUGAUACAGUAUAUUGCGGAGCUCGCUUUACUCUAA